AUGGCGGCUGCUUUUGCUGAACUCGGGCUCAUGCCCGAGCUCAUUCAAGCUAUCGACGAUAUGGGUUGGGUUUUCCCGACACCUGUUCAAUCGGAGGCGAUUCCGCUGAUCCUCGGCGGUGGUGAUGUUUGCGUCGCCGCUCCGACCGGCUCCGGAAAGACGGGCGCUUUCUGUUUGCCAACGCUCCAGAUCGUUCACGAGACACUAAACUAUACUUCAGCUGCCGAUCAAUCGCGAUCGGGAGCCUCCUCGAACCCUGACAGAUGGAAGAUGAGCGCGCUUGAUCGCGCACCGCACCUGAUCCUGGACGCGAGCGGCUUGCUGUGCGCUUCCACAGAGCUCCACCAAUGGAGUGGCGGUCGGGCGGCCUUUGGCAUGCUACCAUCGGCACGGGGCAAAUGGUACUAUGAAGUGCAGGUCCUUGGUGAUGGACUUUGUCGGGUCGGUUGGAGCGCUGCUUGUUCGACGCUUGCGCUCGGCGAGGACGACUUGUCGUACGGAUUCGGGGGCACUGCCAAGAAGUCUCAUUGCGGAAAAUUCGAGUCCUACGGGGGGGCAUUCGGAAAGAACGAUGUUGUCGGUGUGGCACUCGACUGGGAAAACGGUGAGAUUUGGUUCUCAAAAAAUGGUGAGCCGCUCGGUCGUGCGUUCAGCAUUAACCGCAAAACUCUGGGCGAUCGUGCACUAUACCCGCAUGUUUACUUGAAGAACAGUCAAGUGCGCGUCAUCUUCAGCGACACGAGCUAUUUGCCUGGAGCUGGCUUCCGAGAAGUCGGCUCCGCAGGUCCACAAGAACGAACGACGCCUGAACGAGAAGGCGCUGUUGACUUGCAAGGCACGCACCGACCCUCGAAUGCACCGUUGAUGCUGAUCCUGGAGCCAACGCGAGAGCUGGCACUCCAAGUGCAUCAGGAGCUGCACCGCUUUAGCCGCUUCCUCGACGAGGACCAGACGUCGUCAUCAGAGAAAGUACAGUGCGUCUUGUUCACAGGCGGCUCCGCGAGCCAAAACGAGGCACUCGGCGCUCCCCAGUCGCGAAUCGAUAUUGCAACCUGUACACCGGGGCGCCUGUUUGAUGCGAUACGUACCAAACAACUAGAUGUACGGGCAGUGCGCUUUCUUGCCCUUGAUGAGGUAGACGGGUUGUUGACAAUGGGAUGCGGUUCCCAGAUUAUGCAGUUGCUGGGCAUGAUUCCUCGUCAGGGUCGGCGGCAUCGGCUCCAGAUCAUCAUGUUUUCGGCGACCGUGAACGCACCACGGGUCCGUCAGCUCAGUGAUCGAAUCCAGGAGCACGCCACCUGGGUCGAUGUACGCGGCCCAGAGACCGUUCCAUCCACGGUGGAUCACCUGGUGGUGCGUAUCGACCCGGGGACUGCCCUCCAGCUGGUACAGGAGGAGGAGGGGAUAGCACCAGCACCAGCAGCAUCGCUUCCAGCCACGGAUGCGGUUCAUGUUGGUGUGGACUAUCGCGAUGCGGAAACGGCCUCAUUAUCGCAGAGGAUCAAACUUGCGAAACCUAUUCUAUGCCUGCGACUUUUAGAGGUCUUCCAGAUGGACCAGGUGAUGAUCUUCUGUCGCACGCAACUCGACUGUGACUUGCUGCAGCAGUUCCUGGAGCAGCACGCAGCGAUCCGAGGAGCGACUGCAACGCUGCAUGCUGGACUCGCUGACCAGCAACGGCGGCAGCAUUUCACUGCAUUCAAAGAAGGCCAAGUGCGCAUCCUGAUCUGCACGGACGUUGCCGCCCGAGGUAUUGAUAUCAGCGGUUUACCGUUCCUCAUUAGUAUGACGCUACCCGAUGAGGUUGAAAACUACCUGCAUCGCAUUGGACGCGUCGGUCGCGCGGAUCGUCUAGGUCUCGCGAUAUCGCUCGUGAGUACUGUCCCUGAACGCGUCUGGUUUCACAGCUCGUGCCGCAAACGCGCCAAGGGCAAAUGCCAGAACCGAGCCUUGACCACUGAGGGCGGCUGCACGAUCUGGUACGAUGAGUCGGAAAUCCUCCGACGCCUCGAGGCCCAACUCGGGGAAGCGAACAUGCCCGAAAUCCUGGACGUGAACCAGGUAUUGCAGGCGAAGGAUCCGGCAGCGUUACAGGCGUAUGUACGCGGCCUUGCCCAGUACGGUAGGAAGCGCGGAGAAAUCGGAGCCGCCUGUGUCAACGCUGUAGAUCCAGAGCUAGAACAACGGCUUCACCAUACGCAACAAGUGGCCAGACGAGUGCAGGAACUAGAGAAAAACGUUCAGUGGCGUUUCCUCCGACGGCUGCAGAACGCUCGCUAG